AUGUGUCUUGCCAACAAAAGGAACGCUCCUUAUUUCGUUCUCUUUCCCUAUCUUUGGAAAAUCCAGCAUCGCGUGAACAAUUUUCACAUCCCCUAUCUCCGACCCACCGCACUACCCCGGACGACCGAUCUAUCGGCCGAGAUGAGCAGCCCGGGCGAUUACAACGCCGUCCGCAAGGACAUUGUCGCACAACUGAAGAAGCCGGAUUAUGAUGAUGGAAGCGCAGGUCCAGUAUUCGUCCGGCUGGCAUGGCACUCCGCGGGUACCUACGAUGCCGAAACCGACACGGGCGGCAGCAACGGUGCGGGCAUGCGAUAUGAAGCAGAGGGGGGCGAUCCGUCAAACGCAGGCCUUCAAUACGGUCGGGCAUUUUUAGAACCUGUAAAGGAGAAGCAUCCUUGGAUCACAUACUCCGAUUUGUGGACGUUAGCAGGCGUGGUGGCGAUCAAGGAGAUGGGCGGGCCGGAAGUCGAGUGGAAGCCAGGUCGGACGGACCUGGUUGACGACUCCAAGGUACCGCCUCGUGGCCGUCUACCUGAUGGUGCUCAGGGUGCAGACCAUCUCCGCUUUAUCUUCAACCGGAUGGGCUUCAACGACCAGGAGAUUGUGGCGUUGGCGGGAGGACACAACCUGGGUCGGUGCCAUACCGAUCGCAGUGGGUUCGAAGGUCCCUGGGUGAACAACCCAACACGAUUCUCCAAUCAGUUCUUCAAGCUUCUAUUAAAGUUGGAGUGGACUCCUCGGAAGUUGGCGAACGGCAUGAGCCAGUUCGUAUAUGAGGACCCGGAUGCGGAGGAGGGAGACGAGUUGUUGAUGAUGCUGCCCACCGAUAUUGCACUCAAGACGGACCCAUCCUUCCGCCAGUGGGUGGAGAAGUAUGCAGAGGACAAGGACUUGUUCUUUGACCACUUUGCGAAGGUAUUCGCGAAGUUGGUCGAGCUGGGUAUUCGACGAGACGAGAAGGGUGCUGUUCUCAACACCGACAAUGUCAAGGGAGGUUAUAUCUCUGCUCCCAAGAAGAGCAACACGCCGACAGGACCACCAAAGAAGCCGAAGGCCGAACCUGUGCGGGCCAGGCUGUAA